CUGUAGAAACAGAUGAGAUAUGGUUAGAAAUAUUCUGAGCCUUCUUAAAGCAGCUUCUGUUGGAGUAAGGGAAAGUGGUUCUUGUAUUGUGGUUCAGAAAAUAGCUGAUAAAAGUAAUUGCUCACAGAAUGUUUUUGAUUAUCGCUUGUUAUUUGUUAAACGGCAUCAAAAACUGAAAGCUUGGCCUGGGGCUUUAACGUUUCCUGGUGGUGUAAUUGACAAGGAGGAGUCAGAAAAGGUUGCCAAUUUCCGUCAAAUUACAAAUAUUGAUAAGCUCUCUGCAUCACCGCCCUCUGAGAUUGAAAAUGUUUACAGGAAAACAGCAUUGAGAGAGCUAAAAGAGGAAACUGAAUUCCCACUUGAUAUUGAUAUUGCCACUCUUAUUCCUUGGAGUGUUUGGCAAACACCUUUACAGCUCCCGAGAAGAUUUAACACAACAUUUUUCUUGAUUUUUGUGGGGUUACAGGAAUUCAAUCUAAAGCCCUGCGAAGGAGAGAUUGAGUCGUUACACUGGCUUUCACCAGCUGAACUUUUAAAUGACAGCUCUGUAAAUAUUCUCAGAGUUACUGUUGCUGAUGUUUCUAAAUUCUCCCCUCAUCUCACAUAUGAUCAGCUAGUUGAUUUUUCAAAGAGACGUUAUCAUGAUUAUCAGACACAACAAUGUAUGCUGAUCGUUAUUAAGCUGAAAGAUGGAGCCAUUGGGAUCAAUCCCGCAGAUUCAUUUUAUUUUGAAGCGUUAGAGUUGCAGUUAAAAGACACAACUCAAAUGGUCAGAAUUGACAGUACAAUAGAGGAACACAGUGCAAACCAAACUGUUUUGUGCAGAGAAGUUCUUGCUAGCCAGGAUGGUAAAAGGAACCUCAUUACCAAUACUUUGUGGGGUGGACACACGGUAUCAAACUCACAAUACCAUUGUAAGAUUAUGUUCAAGUAGAUGCUUUGACAAUUAUGGAUCAUAGCUCUGUCAACAAUCCCAAUUUUUAUUAGGUUUUAUCAGAUUUUGUGUGAAGUAUACAUUCCGUCAACAAUCCAUAUUUUUAUUAGGUAAAGAGAUUUUGUCACGUACAGUAUACAUUAUAUUUGUAUUGUUAGUGGUAGGCAAACCUAUCGUUUUUUACCCUUCACAGUGUGCAAAUCAAUUAAGCACCUGUGAUCUGCGGCUCAGAUCAAACCUUUUGUACAGACAUAUUUUUGCUUGCUGUGUUAGAUUGUAAAAUGUUCUGAUGGAGGGGUAAUAUAUUGCAACUAAUUGUUUAAUAGAUAUUCUGAAAUAUUUUAUUAACAGUGCAGUUUAUUUAUAAACGCUAUACUGCACUGUUUAGUAUGUCAAAAUCAUCUUGAGCCCAUGGAAUAUCAUCGAUUUUAUUCUGUAUAGUGAGUAUGAUGUUUUUAAGACUCACUUUUGCUUGGCUAGUUUUUUGAGAGUAGUCUGACAGUUUAAGUUGGAGUGUCAGUGUUCAAUAGCCUGGUUGAUCUUGAUAUAAAGUCUGAGGAUGCAUGAGAUGUUGUUAGAGUAUUUUCCUCUCUACUUGAUUUGUUAAACUGCUCGAUGCUCAUGGAGUGACAGAGGUUGUUGAAAUUUAAGAAUUUUGAAGGUUACCAAUAUCGUAUGAUAGUUAUGCAGGUUUUUUGAGGUUAAGAUGUUAUUAAUGCUUUUAGUGGACAAAUUUUGUUAGUGGAAAAAUUUGGGUAAGUAAGUACUACGUAUCCAGCAUGGAAUUAGCAGCAUGCUAUCUUAUGUUUGAAGAGUAAUAAAUCAAUUUAAAUUGAUGUUUUACAUUAUAUAAAGCACGCUUGCAUUAGCAUCGAUCUGUCUAAUCCAUGAGUUUCUGCUAACCUGUUAGAAUAAACUGAUUGCAACUUGCAACUCCCCAUGAGUAUAACAUGAUGUCAGUGUUCUUUGCAGUAGAGCCAAAUAGUAAUGAAAGGGAUUAGAGGUAUGUAGUCUCCUCAUCUAGUUCAUUUAGUGUGUUAUUGACUUGUCACAUGAAGGAAUAACAAUAUUGUACAAUGUACAUGCUAGAGCAAUUUUCUCAUAAACCAUUGGUUAAGUAUUUAUAAAGGCAGUGACCAUGGAAGCUAUUAUAAGUCAUCUGAAUGUGUAUUGUGAGGAAGAUGUAAGACUAAGAUAAUGUCAGGAAAGUGCCAAGAACUGUUGUGGAAUUUGGAAAGUCUGCAUAGGAUGAUUGGUUUUUCUUGACUACAAUGCUGUGCAGUUGAUUUAAACUUUAAAGCUCUUUUGG